CUCUUCUUUUCAUUUGUCUAGAUCAGAGCCCUAAUGGAGGUCUGGUUCAUCCUCCUCCUUUCUCUCUGUCUCUGCGCAGCAAUCAAAUACUUCCUCCAUCUCUCCUCCCAUGGAAAAUCCAAGCAAACAAAGCUCUCCCUCCCACCAGGCCCUCCUAAAGUACCUAUAAUCGGUAACUUAAUCUGGCUUUUCAAAUUCUUCUCCGACAUUGAAGUAACCAUCCACAACCUCCACCUCAAGUAUGGCCCCAUCAUCACUCUCAACAUUAGCUCCCAACCAGCCAUCUUCAUCACAACUCACUCUCUCGCCCAUCAAGCCCUAAUUGAAAACGGUGCCGCCUUUGCCGACCGCCCACCACCCACCGAUUCCGGCCGCAUCAUCACUAGUAACCAACACAACAUCAACUCUGCCGCCUAUGGUCCUCUUUGGCGAGUCCUUCGCCGGAACCUCACCUCAGAGAUCCUCCAUCAUUCUAGGGUUAAAAGCUUUUCUCAUGCCCGCAAAUGGGUUUUGCAGAUACUUAAGGCAAGGCUCAGUUCCCAUGUCAAAUCAGGCGAGCCUGUGCGUGUAAUGGAUAACUUGCAGUACGUCAUGUUCUGUUUACUGGUUUUCAUGUGCUUUGGGGAUAAACUUGAUGAGAAGGUCAUUAGAGAGAUUGAAGAUAUAGAGAGAAAACUAAUUGGCAUUUUGCGCAUCUUCAGUGUACUUGCGUUCUUCCCUACAUUGGGAAAAUUUUUCUUUAGAAAACAUUGGGAGCAACUGCUUGAUAUGCGUCACAGAGAGGAUUCUAUUAUAAUCCCUCUAAUCAGAGCCCGAAAAGAACGAAAGGAGAAGAUGAUCCAGAAACAAAAUCAGAACCCAGAUGAUGAAUUCUUCGCCUCCUAUGUCGAUACAAUGUUCAAUCUUGAAAUCCCAGAUGAUGAUGGUGAUGAAGGGGGAAGACGGAAGCUCACCGAGCAAGAAAUGGUUACUCUUUGUUCAGAGUUUCUAAAUGCAGGAACAGACUCAACAUCUGCUGCUCUGCAAUGGAUAAUGGCUAAUCUGGUGAAGCAUCAAGAAAUCCAAGAAAAGCUGUAUUCUGAAAUUAAAGGAGUACUUGUGGGUAGAGGUGAAGAAGAAGAAGAGAUCAAAGAAGAGGAUUUGGCGAAGAUGCCAUACUUAAAGGCGGUGGUGUUGGAAGGGCUACGGCGACACCCACCAGCACACUUCGUGUUGCCACAUGCUGUCACGGAAGAUAUUGUGUUGGACGGCCAUAUCAUACCAAAGAAUGCCACGGUUAAUUUCAUGGUGGCACAGAUGGGGUGGGACCCAAAGGUUUGGAAAGAUCCAAUGGAGUUUAAUCCAGAGAGGUUUUUAUUGGGUGAUGAUCAUGAUCAAGGGGUAGUGUUUGAUAUGACAGGGAGUAGGGAGAUAAAGAUGAUGCCGUUUGGUGCAGGGAGGAGGAUUUGCCCUGGACUUACGUUAGCCAUGCUACAUCUGGAAUAUUUUGUUGCAAAUUUGAUUAGAGAUUUCAAAUGGACGGCUGUUGAGGGAGUUGGUGUUGACUUGUCAGAGAAGCAAGUGUUAACAGUUGCCAUGAAAAACCCAUUGCAAGCCCACAUCUCUCCAAGGGUGAAAUAAG